AUGGCAAAAAAAUACGAAAUGAGUCAAGGAUCGAUGAGAACUAUUGUCAAGGACAAGCUGAAGAUGAUUCCCUACCGUAUGCAGAAAGGAGCCUUCCUCAAUCAAAAAAACAAGACAUUGCGGAUGGAAAAGGCCCGAAAGCUGCUCGCUGGCACGAAAGAUGGCUCGCAUCUGACGACGCUAUUUACCGACGAGAAAAUCUUCACUGUGGAGCCGAACAAGAACGGCCAAAAUCAUCGGAUCAUCGCUACUGACUAUCAGAGUGCCUGUGAAAAAGGAAAAAAAUUCUGAAUAAAAACUUCGCAUCCGGCUUCCGUGAUGGUUUUUUUGCCGGAAUUACCGCUGACGGCAAAACUCCGCUGAUUUUUUUGUGGAUCCUGGAGUCAAAGUGAACCAAGUAUACUACAGGGAGAAGAUUUUAAAGUUGAGGGUGUUGCCCUGAGCCAAUUCUCACUACGGAAACCGACCAUGGACCUUCCAGCAAGACGGCGCCCCCGCUCAUCGUGCCAAAGUGA